AUGAUUAAGAGUUAUAAACAAUCUAGUUUAUUUUUAAUUUUUAUUCUUGUAAUAUUUAAAAAUACACCUACACAAGAAUGUGAUUACAACAACAAAAGUUUAACUCUUAUUUGUGAUGGAAAAAUGUUAAAUAAUGAUAACCAAUUGAUAAAAGUUCCUGAUACUAUUAAAAACAUAAAAAUUAAUGAUUUGAAAAAUAAAAUUGAAUUUAACUUUACAAAUAAACCAUUUCUAUGGACUGUAGAAAUUGUAAAUUCAAACAUUACUAUACUCUCAGAAACAUUUUGGAAAAAUAUUCAAAACGUAAAAAAUUUUUCUUUCCGUAAAAAUAAUAUUACCCUAAUACCACAACAAAUAAAAUAUUAUACAUAUUUACAAAAAUUAAAUCUUAAAAACAAUAAUAUUUCUGAAAUAACAAAUUCUGAUGUUUUAUUUUUAUCAAAAAUUCGUAUUGUUGAUAUUUCAAGAAAUCAAAUAAAUAAAUGGCCUGAUUACAUUUAUGCUAUAACAGAUCCUGUACCAUCAUUAAUUGAAAAAUUAGAUUUAAGUCAAAAUAAUUUUAGCAAACUUGAAAUUAAUGCAUUUUGGCAUUUUCCAUCAUUAAAAUAUUUAAAUUUUUCAAAAAAUUUUAUCAAUGAUAUUACUUCUGGUACAUUUAAACAACUUAAAAGAUUAGAAACAUUAGAUUUAAGUUACAAUAAUUUGUACAAAAUUGAAAGACAAUUUUUUAGUGAUUUAGUUGGAUUAAAAAAAAUAUAUCUCAAUUAUAAUAAUAUAUCAAAAAUUUCUGAAGCAGUUUUUUUUUUACAAAAAAAUUUAACAAUACUAAAUAUAUCAUAUAACAAAUUAAAAAGUUUGGAUACUCAAUGGACUUUUGAAUUAAAAAAUUUAGAAAAAUUAGAAUUAUCAAUGAAUGAAAUUUCCUAUAUUCAUCCAUAUUUUUUUUCACAUUGUCCAAAUCUUUUAGAAUUAAAUUUAAAUUUUAACAAACUUGAAAGAUUAGAAUAUCAAUAUUUUGGUUAUCUCUAUAAAUUAAAAUCAUUUUUUGUUAGUCACAACUAUAUUAAUUAUCUUGAUAAAGCAUUAUUUAAUAGUAUGCAAGAACUUGAAAAUUUAGAUGUAUCAGAAAAUAAGUUAGCAUUUUGUCUUCAAGAUGGUUUGGUACUUGCAGAUUUACGUAUGGAUUCAUUAAAAUUUUUAAAUUUUUCCUCAAAUAGACUUGAAAUGUUACCACCAUAUUCAUUUAAAAAUUUUCCAAAUUUAAGUAUCAUUGAUUUAAGAUCAAAUCCUAUUGUAACAAUACAAGCUAAUGCUUUUUUUGGAUUAAAUUUAACAAAAUUAUAUUUUGAUAGUGAUAAAUUAAAUUGUGAUUGUGGUAUGAGAUGGUUUUCAAAAUGGUUACAAGUUGCUAAUUUAGAAGAUACUAAAAUAAAUGCAUAUUGUUUACAUCCAAUUGAAUUUUAUAAUGUAGAUAUGUUGACAUUAGAUUUUGAUAAUAUUACUUGUGCUGAACAGACACCAUAUAUACAAUUUGUUUUACAACAACCAAAUUUAUUAAAGGGUAUUGAGCUAUACAAUUCAUCUAUAACAUGUUCAGGUUACGGUGCUGCACCAAUUACCGUUAAAUGGAUAUUAUAUAAAGAAAAUGAAACAAUUAUUGUUAAUGAAAAUAAGGUAGAUAAUGUUGAAAUUGUUAUAUUAAAUACUCCUAUUACAAAUAAAACAGAAUUUGAAUCUAUGUCAACAAUAUUACAUUUUAUUAAUAUGACACAAAAUAAUGAAGGUCAAUAUCAAUGUAUAUUAAGUAAUAUUUAUGGACCUGCAUAUGGAACAAGAACUAAAGUUAUUGUAAAUAGAAUACCUGAAUUUAUUUCAUCACCAGAUAGUAUUAUAGUUAAUGAAGAUCAGACGAUAAUCUUAAAUUGUGAAGGUAAAGGUAAACCAGAUCCAAUAAUAAAAUGGUCAAAAGGUAAUAAUAGUCAUUUUCCAGCAGCAAGUGAAAGGAGACUUCACAUUCAACAAAAUGAUGAAUAUUUUUAUAUACUUAAUGCUAAAAAAAAAGAUAGUGGUUUAUAUUCAUGCCAUAUUGUAAAUGAUGCUGCAUUAAUAACAAAAACAGUUAUGGUAUUAGUAAAAGAAAAAAAUAAUGAUAUUAGUCAAAAUAUAUCAUUAAUUGAUGGUCAAAAUUGUACUUUGAAUUGUUUUAAUGAUACAUUAGAUAAAUAUGAAUGGAAAAAUUUUUUUCAAAUUCGAUGGUAUUAUACACCUUUUGAAGGUAAUGAAAGCAAAAAAUUAGAUGAAAUUGACAAAAGAUUUAUUGUUAUAAAAAAUUUUAUAAAAAAGAAUGAAGGGUUAUAUAGUUGUAAUGUUUACUCAAAUCAAAAUAAUUUUCAAUUUAAAAAAGAAUUUUAUUUAAAAGUUAAUGAAACAAAUAUAUUUAAUAAAAAUACAUGGAUUAAUAUUAAUUUUUUUACCAUCAAAAAUAGUAUCACUUUAAUUACUAUUAUUAUAAUAAUAAUAUCUAUUAUUGGAAUAUUAAUAUAUUCUAGUUACACAAUUGGUAAAAAAUUUUUUGUUACAAAAAAAAGAAAUGAAAGAUCUUGUUCAUUACCAGAAACAAGAACAAAUGAAAGAAUAUCUUUUAUCAAAGAAAGCGACAAUGGUUAA